CGAGCGAGCGAGCGAGCGGAGAACCGAUCGGGCAACCGAAGUGGGACCGCGGAAAAUAAACGUGCAGAAGUGGGGGCCGAUUCAAGAAUCGAUGUGGACACCCUCGCCUACCAAAGUCAUUCACCUAACGGUCAUCGGCGCGUCAAGAGUCCUCUUCUUCUUCCGUUAUCCGGUCUUGCCAAUCGCGACAAGUCGCGCUUGCCAUCGCGGCGGUCGGUGCGCGAUCUGUCGUUCCAAAUGAAGGUGCCGCGUGGUGUAAGUAGAAGAUACAGAUUUCGGCUAAUCUGAAAUUCGUGACGCGGUCCAGGACUGACCUACCACGAAUGAAAGCGGUCGAGAUCUCUCUACCCGAGAACUCGACUGCGGGUGCAUCGCCGGAGUAGGACAAGUGCAUGACAGGGUUGCUACGUUGAGUAUGACGAGAGACUUUGUUUCACCGAAACGCAUGCAUUCGGGAAUGAAAAUUUAUUUCCAAGUGUGUGACUGACUGUGCGGUUUUGUGUCGUGUUACUUUUUGCCUGUAGCCGACCGAGGACGAUGGACAAGAGUCUCGCGGUGUUUAAUAUUCGGUCGAAUGGCGAAAAGUGCCUCGGGAGACUUGUCUUCGGGAAAUAGUUGUGAUACAGAAAUGGAAUGCUCCAUCUGAAUCGAAUCGCUGCCGAAUGCUGCUCAUAUCUGCACGACGUUAAUUCACUGUAAUUACAAAAAUGAAUCAGCAGUGCAAGGUGUGCGGCGAACCAGCGGCUGGCUUCCACUUUGGUGCAUUCACCUGCGAGGGAUGCAAGUCUUUCUUCGGACGGUCGUACAACAACUUGAACAGCAUCGCCGACUGCAAGAACGGCGGUGAGUGUGUAAUAAAUAAGAAGAAUCGCACCGCGUGCAAAUCUUGCCGGCUGAGAAAAUGUCUCCUCGUCGGCAUGUCAAAGUCCGGCUCGCGGUACGGCCGCAGAUCGAACUGGUUCAAAAUUCACUGUCUGCUGCAACAGCAGCAGCAGCAAGAGCAGCAGCAGCAGCAGCAGCUGGAGCAACAGAUGCAGCAGCAGCAACCGCUGCAGCCGCGUCAGCAGCAUCAGCAGCAACACUAUCAGCCGGCUAUUCUCAUGUCGCAUCAGCUAUCGCAACAGCAACGUAAUCCGAGUUCGCCCAUCCACGGCAUUCACGGCAACCAAUGUCGGGACGAAGCCAUGAUGAUGAGUGCGGACGACUAUAAGAACUCCAGCUCGCCAAACAUAAGCUCGCCUGAGUCACACAACAGCGACAGCUCCGUCGACGUCUCCGAGAGGAGGGCGGCUUUCGCCGGCCAUCACAGCAUCCGGCCUCUCCCGCACAUACCACCGGUUGAUUUGUCUACCCUGGGCUUGCCAUUAAACUUCCCUCUCGGCGGUAUGUCGCUCCUGCCGUCGGCCUUCCUGCCGCCGCCCGGCCUCACCAUGUUCUCACCCUACGCUCACGUGUACGCGACCCCACACGGUGCACCCCAUCCCUUCAUGGCGAAUCAUCCGUCCAGCAUAUUGCAACGCUCGCCGGCGACUACGAGCGAUGAGAACGAUGAGCCCGCGACCGCCACGACGUCGACCAUGACAACGACCGUAGCCACAACGACCGCCUUGAGAGUCUCGACGUCGUUAGCCGACGACAAAGACUCCUACGAGAGAAACAACAAUAACAAUAGAUUCUGCCUAGAUAUGGUAUUAAAGAGAGAACGAACACUGUCGGAGAGGUCGGUGACGCCGAAGAGGAUGCGAACUUCUGAAGGUGGUUCGACUGAAUGCAGUCCGGAACGGGAAGUCGCCUGUCCACCACCGCAAGAUAAUCCAAUGGAUCUCUCUAUGAAAACCGUCGCGACAUCCGCUAGCAAUCAUUCGCAAAACGAAGUAGGAAACGAGGAGGUGAAUAAUGUUAGCGAUGCAGAAAACUCGGCUGCGAAGAAACCGAUAGAUUUAACGACAAGGUCCUAAGACUUGACCAAAACUUGAUUUGAAAGGAUAAAAACGAUUGAAAUGAAAUGAGAUAUUAAAAUAGAAAAAGAUUCGAAUAAAUUUCGAUAAGUGAUACCAACAAAUCUCGAUUAAGCACGUAAUAAUCUUUUUGUUAUAUUUUUGAAU